AUGGCCAUCGAGAUGGACAAGUCCGACUUCAAGGACGAGAAAGUCGCUCCCGCGCCCGACGCAGACUUCUCAUACGAUGUCGACCCGAAAUCCGAAUUCGAGCUGGGCGUAGGCGGUCGCGCGCCUUUGCAGCGACGUCUGCGCAAUUACCAUGUCACCAUGAUCGGUUUCUGCAGUGGUAUUGGAACCGGUCUGUUCGUGGGAACAGGAUCGGCCUAUGCCAAGGCUGGACCGGCUGGCUUGCUCCUCGCCUAUAUCGUUGUUGGUUCUAUUCUGUGGGCUGUUAUGCAAAGUAUUGCUGAGCUGGCGACGCUCUUCCCGACCGCCGGUUCCUUCCCGCACUGGGCGACACGGUUUAUCGACCCAUCUGUUGGAUUCUCGCUUGCUAUCUCAUACGGAUAUUGCUAUACGAUCGCGAUCGCGUCUGAGGUUUCGGCGGCGGCGGUCAUUGUUUCAUAUUGGACGGAUAUAACACCUGCGGUAGUCAUCACAGUUGGAUUGGUUCUGAUUUUAUGGAUCAAUUUGAUGAGUGUGAGAUUCUAUGGUGAAAGUGAAGUGUUUGGAGGUGGCGUGAAGGUUCUCUGCUUCCUCGGCCUCGUUGUUGUCUCUCUUGUGAUCACUGCAGGCGGUGGUCCGAAGGGCGAUGCUAUCGGAUUCCGCUAUUGGAACAACCCCGGUCCGUGGACCAACUACAAUGGUGUCACUGGCCCCGCAGGACACUUCUUCGGCUUCUUGUCGUCCUUCGUCAACGCCUCUUUCAGUUUCAUCGGUGUCGAGACAGUUGUCAUCACUGCAUCUGAAUCGGUUGAUCCACACCGCGCCAUUCCGAAAGCCGCUCGCCGAGUGACUUACCGCAUUGCCUUUUUCUACAUCCUCGGUGCACUUCUCAUCGGUAUCAUUGUAGACCCCAGAUCUGCGGGUCUUGUCUCCGGCGAUGACAACGCAAACAGCUCGCCUUUCGUCAUUGCCAUCUCCAACGCUGGUAUCAAAGCCUUGCCUUCUAUCGUGAACGCGUGUAUCCUCAUUGCAGCUUGGUCCGCCGGUAACUCAUACUGCUGGGUCGGAUCGCGCAUGAUCGUCGCCAUGACCACCGACCGUCAGCUUCCUCAAUUCUUCGGGCGUGUGGAUAAGAAGGGUGUGCCAUACGUGGCUGUCAUCACGUCCUGGCUUUUUGGGCCUCUCGCAUACCUGAGUCUUGGCUCCGGUGGUGCUUCCCAGGCAUUCACGUGGCUUCUUAACCUCAGUACCGUCGCUGGACUGAUUGCUUGGGCAACUCUCUGCUUCUGCUACAUUCGCUUCUAUGCGGCGAUGAAGAAGCAGAACGUCAGCCGUGACACCCUCCCAUGGAAGGCACCUUUUCAACCUUAUGCCGCCUGGUUUGGUUUCAUUGGCUCCACAAUCAUCACAUUGGUUGCUGGUUUCCCUGUCUUUUUGAAGGGUAACUGGAAUACGUCAAACUUCGUCGCUUCGUAUAUCGGUAUCCCUAUCUUCAUUGUCCCUAUCAUUUGCUGGAAGCUUUUCUAUCGCACCAAGUAUGAACGUGCUGCCAACAUCGAUCUAUGGUCAGGUCGUCUCCAAGAUGGAGAGAUCACGCGAGAUGAAACUCCGCGUACUGGCUUUUGGAAAAGAUUUUAUGAUUGGCUUUUCUAG